AUGGCCAAACACGUCCACGGAAUAGUUGGAAGUAUCUACAGGGACACCCUCCCUAUACCAGAGGAGACACCAAAGGUCAAAGGUUAUGACUUUAACCAGGGGGUGAACCACAAAGCGCUGCUGCAGUCGUACCUCAACACCGGCCUGCAGGCCACCAAUGUGGGGCUGGCUAUCCAGCAGAUCAACAGCAUGAUCGAGAGGCGAUUAACACCUGUGAACGUGAAGAAAGGAUGUGUGGACGAAGAUCCUUCGACCUGCCCCUGCCUCAGGAGCUGCACCAUCUUCCUCGGCUACACCUCAAACCUCAUCAGCAGCGGAAUCAGGGAGAGUAUCCGCUACGUUGUGGAACAUAGCAUGGUGGAUGUUAUAGUGACCACAGCCGGCGGCAUAGAGGAGGAUCUGAUCAAGUGUUUGGGCCCGGUUUAUGUUGGAGACUUCUGCAUGUCUGGAAAAGAUCUGUACAAAAAAGGUCUGAACAGAAAUGGAAACACUCUGAUCCCGGAAGAAAACUACAUCAAAUUCGACAACUGGAUGAUGCCGAUCUUGAUGCAGAUGCUGCUGGAGCAGAACACUCAGGGUGUUCGCUGGACUCCAUCGAAGGUGAUUCAUCGUUUGGGCAAAGAGAUCAACAACCCUGAGUCUGUUUGUUACUGGGCCUACAAGAAUAACAUCCCGUUGUUCAGCCCCGCGCUGACAGACGGUGCCUUAGGAGACAUGUUCUUCCUCUUCGCAGAGAAGAACCCCGGCUUGAUCAUAGACUUAGUCGAAGAUAUUUCAAAGCUGAACAAACUCUCGCUGGCUGCCAACAGCUCGGGGAUAAUCACCCUGGGAGGAGGUGUAGCCAAACAUCACAUAUGUAACGCCAACUCAUGGAGGAAUGGAGCGGAUUUUGCGGUGUACGUCAACACAGCUCAGGAGUACGACGGCUGUGACUCAGGAGCCAGCCCGAAUGAGGCCGUGUCCUGGGGCAAGAUCACAGCCGAAGCGAAACCUGUGAAGGUGUUUGCAGAUGCUUCCAUCAUUUUUCCGUUACUGGUGGCCGAGACGUUUGCAGUUCACGCUGGCAAGAUGACAAAUUGAUCCACGAAUGCGUUACCAUACAUGUGGUCAAUAUAUUCUUCUAUAGCAUGUGGAAGGUAACACCAUCCUUUAGUGUGUGUCAGGAUGUGUUUUAAAUUUGUUACUUUAGCUAUGAUGCUCAUGAGCGCUAGCUUAGCUCAUAUAUGUCUGUUAUGGCUUGUCCCUAGCUCCCAUGCUCUUUUGCUAGUUUUGUAAAGCUCCUGCAUAUCUCUUAAAGUAACCAUGGCUCUAAGUUUAACCCUUUGUUGAUAUACCAAAAAGUGCAGAAUUUUUUUUCCAAACAAACGUGUUCGUACAUUUUG